AUGUCCCGCGAAGCCUACCAGGUCCCGUCUUUGGGCGCCCAGAACGCCUUCGGUGCCGACGGUCUCAGCGGCGCCUCCGCGGACGGUCCAGCUGUGACUUAUCUCUGCGGAGACUGCAACUCGAAGGUGUCGCUGAAGCGCGGCGAUCAGAUCCGUUGCAAGGAGUGUGGUCAUCGUGUGCUGUAUAAGGAGCGGACCAAGAGAAUGGUUCAGUUCGAGGCGCGAUGA